AUUGAAGUUUCCAUACUCUUCCUCAAUCGAAAUGCAAUACAAAAAUCCUGAGAGGAAAAAGAAAAAACCUAUCUUGUGUUAACGAGAGAGAGCUGAUAGCCAAACAACGUUUGAGUUUGGAGUAUCUAAAGAAGAAGAAGAAGAUGUUGGGUAGUACAAUCCCAAUCCUAACACCCUCCUUCAAUCUCAACCCUUCGCAUUUUGUCCCUUCAAUCACAACAAUAGCCAGAGUCACACUCUCUUCCUCUUCAAAAUCACACUCCAAACUCACUCUGCUUCCCAGGUUCAGUCUUAGCAGCAAUGGUUCUCCUGAUCGCGCCCUUCAUCCUCCCUCUCCCGUCAGUGGAAUUGAUGAACAUGAAAGUGAAUCGUCUUCCGACUUUGGUGAUGACAAUGUGGCCUUGUUUGUUCGUAUGCUAGGCCUAGAUCGCGAUUUUCUUGAUAGAGAGCAAGCUAUAAUUGCUCUUUGGCAAUAUUCACUUGGUGGAGAGAAUUACAUUAACAAUAUAAUGCAAUUUCCUGGCUGUAUUAAUCUUGUUGUCAACCUACUUAGGUCAGAGUCUAGUUCGUCGUGUGAGGCGGCUGCAGGUCUUUUGCGAUCACUAUCUUCAAUCGACUUAUAUAGGAAUUCUGUAGCAGAUAGUGGAGCUAUAGAAGAGAUAAAUAGAUUGCUGACACAAUCUUCUUUGGCUCCUGAGGUAAAGUUGCAGAGUAUGAGUACACUGUGGAAUUUAUCUGUGGAUGACAAGAUCCGCGUUAAAGUUGCAAAGAGCGAUACUCUUCUGUUAGCUAUUAAGUACCUUGAUGAUGAAGAUUCAAAAGUGAAGGAAGCUGCAGCGGGUGUUUUGGCAAAUUUAGCACUGAGUCGUGUUAACCAUGAUAUCAUGGUUGAAGCAGGUGUUAUUCCAAAAUUGGCGAAGUUCUUAAUGUCAGACUCCGAAGGAUCUAAAGUCAUUAGAAAGGAAGCAAGGAAUGCAUUGCUGGAACUCGUGAAGGACGAGUAUUACAGAAUUCUUGUUAUUGAGGAAGGUUUAAUUCCUGUUCCAUUAAUAGGUGCUGCAACCUACAAAUCAUACGCUCCACGUUUAUAUGAGUCGCCCGCAUUUCCAGAUGGUACAGAAAUUGAAAGGACAUACACAAAACCUUCUAGAUUUGGUGCUUCAGAAGUACUUGUUGGAUUAAAUUUUGAUAAUAAUGCUGACAUAGAUGAAGCAAAAGUCAAUGCAAUUAUUGGACAGACACAACAGCAAUUCCUUGUUCGUAUUGGUGCGAUAGAAAUGGAAGAAACGGAACCUCAUUCUGAACGUUCAAAUGAUGAGCGUGUUACGCUUUUACAUUGGAUCGAUGGUGUUGCUCGUUUAGUACUGAUACUGGAACUUGAAGAUAAGUCAGCAAUAGUAAGAGCUGCAGAGUCAAUUGCUAGUGCAUGUAUCAAUGAACAUAUGCGUAUUGCAUUCAAGGAGGCUGGUGCAAUUAAGCAUUUAGUACGGCUUUUGGCUUGCGAUGAUAAUGCAAUCCGGCUGGCAGCAGCUCAAGCUUUGGAAAGGCUGUCUGCUAGCAAUGUUGUUUGCCGUGUAAUUGAAGGCGAGGGUGGUUUAGGUCCUUUAGUUAGUAUUUUAAAAUGCUCAGAUGUAGCUGGAGCUAUUGUGGAAAAGUCUUUGAAUGUACUUGGUCAGAUAUUAGACCCUAGCAAAGAGAUGCAAUUGAAGUUUUAUGAUGGAUCAGUUAAUGGAUCUGAGAAGGUAUUUGGUAGAGCCAAAAAUGACGGUUCAACGGGAUUAAGUAGCACUGAGCAAGCCGCAUCGAAAACAAACCCAAGUUCAUUCAGGAACGAUAUAUUGGACUCGGUUUUCACUGCACGCCUUGUUGAGAUUUUAAAGUCCCCAUCACCCAGUUUACAAGAAAAGGCUGCAUCUGUUCUUGAGUUUGUGGCAUUGACAGACCCAUCACUGACUGCGAUUAUCUCUGUGGAUAUUGAAAAUGGUCUCAAUUCUACUUUUCAGCAAAGUUUAUUGAAAAUCUCAGCAAACAUGGAAUCUGAUAUGGAAGAUCAGUUUUCAGUGGCCCAUGCUAUUGAACUUGAAGAAGCUGGUCUUGCAAUAUCUGCAGCAUCCCGGUUACUAACAAGACUACUUGACUCUAAGCAAAUUCGCGAUAAUUUAAAUUUCUCCAGUUUCAUUGACACGCUCCGCGAAAUCCUCAAGUCAAAUAUUCCCCUCCGAAGCAAAGAUUGGGUAGCUGCAUGCCUAGUUAAACUAAGUUCUCUCUCUGGUUACGACACAAGUUCUAAUAAUCCAAUCAAUGUGGAAGUUACACUUUAUGAGACAAUUCCAAGACUUGUAGAACAGAUCAAAACUUCAUUCGCCUUAGAAUCACAGGAAAAUGCUGUUGUAGAACUUAAUAGAAUAGUAUCUGAAGGAGUGGUAGAUUGUACAGGAACUAUUAUUUCUGAAGGGGCAGUGUAUUCUUUGGUGAAGUUGAUAGAAGAAGGUAGUGAAAGAGGUGUUGAAGCAAGCUUGACAAUACUGUAUAAUCUGAGUAUGGACAGUGAGAACCAUUCAGCACUUGUAGCUGCUGGAGCAGUCCCAGCCUUAAAAAAAAUUGUUCUGUCAGAGAAACCACAGUGGCAAAGGGCGCUGCAUUUGCUCAGGAGCUUGCAAACAUGAUGAGUCCAAGGGCAGAAAUUCUUUAAACAAUUGUUAUGUCAUACUUUACGACGUGUUUAAAAGAAAAUCUUAACUCUUAUAUGUAAAACUAGUUUUGAUUCUACUAAUGUAUUUUUGAUUUUGCAUCUUAGAUUAGAUAGUGCAUAAAGCCAGGCUUUGUUUUCUUCUU